GCUUUCCGGUAGCCACGGGAGCAACACGUCAAUAGUAUUGUUAGAUUAAUUAAAGACUGAUACAGAAUUAAGUGUUAAAAUUAAACCCCUGCAAAAUGGGGACAAAUAGAAUAAGUUAUACGACACUUAGUGUUUUAAUAAUACUUGCUGUAUUAUGGAGACCCGCGUAUACUGAUAAAUGUUCGCUAUCAUGUCAAGGAUCUUCAUCAUCACCAACGUUUCUCCCCGGCCACACGUACAACUAUGGCGUGGACGGUGCCGUCUCUGUGUAUGUGACGGGCGCGGAGAAACAGCAGACCGGCGUCAAGAUCUUCGGCCAGGUGUCAGUUAGCGCGCAGGGCAACUGCGGGUACUCGCUUAAAGUCAACUCCAUGACCAUAUCUGGGCCUGACGGCAAGAAAUACCCGUGCCCGAGUGGCAUUGACAAGGUUGUGCGGUUCAGUCUGCAAGAUGGUCGCGCGGGGGCUGAGAUCUGCGCUGAGGAGGGAGACACGCGCCGCUCGCUCAACAUUAAGCGAGCCAUCAUCUCGCUGCUGCAGACUGAGCAAAAACCAUCUACUCAGGUGGACGUAUUUGGUUCAUGUUUCACGGAGGUGUCGGCGUCGCAGGAGGGUGGCGCCACACUGCUGCACCGUAGCCGCGAUCUCUCCCGCUGCGCACACCGCGAGCAAGGCCGCAACGACUUCAUCACCGCUGUGUACAACCCGACUGCCGAAAUCAAGAACACUCAGGUGCUCCAAUCAACUUUGAACGUUGAGUCAAAGGUAAACAAUGGUGUACCUGAGAAGAUAUCCGCCACCGAAGAGUACUUGUACAAGCCAUUCUCCGUAGGAGAGAACGGCGCGCGUGCAGAGGUCCUCACUAAACUUACGCUCUCUGGAACAACUCAAGGCGGUGCUAACCCAGGCAACUGUCCCGAGCGACGUACUAUUAUCUUUGAGAAUCCGCACGGCGCCGUAUCUGAUCAGAGCAACUUGAGAAACGCUCUCGAUGCGCUCAAAGAAACCAGCAAGUCCUUACAAUCUGAAGCCUCCGAAAAAUCUGCGGGAAAAUUCGCUCAAGUCAUCAGAGUCCUUCGUAACACCAACAAGGAUGACUUGAUGAAGCUUUUCAACCAAGUGAAAGGGAACAGCUUAGAAAAACGCGUGUUCUUGGACGCUCUUCUCCGAGCUGGCACAGGCUACAGCAUCGAGGCCUCUAUUCAGAUCCUCAAAGGACGGGAACUGUCGGGUCUGGAAGAAAAACUUGUCUUCCUCUCUCUUGGAAACGCCAGACACGUCAACGAUGAAGCCAUGAAAGCGGCUGCUACCGUUUUGGACCGAGCUAACAUUCCCAAAGAAGUGUACUUGGGCGUCGGAGCUUUAGCGGGCGUGUACUGCAAAGAGCACAAUUGUCAUUCGAGCAAGUCUGAAGGCAAUGUCGCACUCAGCAAGAAGUUGGCCGCUAAACUACAAAACUGCAAGCCUAAGACCAAAGUCGAAGAGGAUUACGUGGUUGCCGCGUUGAAAGGUAUCAGAAAUAUCAGACACUUGGAGGACAAUCUCGUAGACAAGGUGGUGCAGUGCGCGGUCGACAACAGCGUUAAGGCGCGAGUGCGGGUCGCCGCCCUCGAAGCUUUCCUAGCUGACCCUUGUGCUGCUAAGAUUAAGAAAGCGGGUCUCGACUUAAUGAAGAACAGACAACAGGACUCCGAGAUCCGCAUAAAGGCAUACCUCGCAGUAAUCGGCUGCCCGUGCGGCAAGUCCGCCAGUGAGAUCAAGAACCUUCUAGAUUCUGAGCCCGUACACCAAGUGGGCCGUUUCAUCACCACGUCUCUGCGCCACAUCCGCUCGUCUGCCAACCCCGACAAGCAACUCGCGCGCCUCCACUACGGUCAAAUCGGAACGCCGAACAGGUUCAAUGUUGAUGACAGGAAAUACUCUUUCUACCGCGAGGGAUCCUUCAACCUGGACGCUUUGGGCGCCGGCGGCAGCGUGGAGCAGACCGUCAUCUACUCACAAGAUUCCUUCUUACCUCGCUCCGCCAGCCUCAAUCUCACUGCAGAGAUCUUCGGUCACAGUCUCAAUGUGCUCGAGAUUGGAGGACGUCAAGGUAACCUGGACCGUGUUAUCGAACACUUCCUGGGACCUAAGGGUGUACUGCGCACGCAGAAGCCGCAGCAGAUCUACGACACCCUAGUUGAGCGCUUUGAGAAGUCCAAGGACAAGGUGGAACAUGGCAUCGUCCGACGCCGGCGCUCCAUCAAGAGCGAAGUUGAUAACUUUGACAAGAAAAUCAAAGCGGAGUCAGCGCCGUACAACAACGAAUUGGACCUGGAUGUGUACUUGAAGCUGUUCGGGACCGACGCGGUGUUCCUCUCGCUAGGUGAUGACAAGGGUUUCAACUUCGACCAUCUCCUCGACCAGCUCAUCAGUGUGCUGCAUGACGGCGUCAACAAGGCUAAGAACUUCCAGAACGAGCUCCGUGGACACCUUCUCUUCUUGGACGCGGAGUUGGCAUACCCCACAUCUACCGGUCUGACCCUGAAGUUGGACCUGGUGGGCGCAGCCACUGCACGUGUCGAUGUCGCCACCUUCAUCGACAUCCGCCAGUGUAUCAAGAACCCCGAGAACGCAAAAGUCGACGUUAAACUCGUUCCCUCCACCGACAUUGAGGUUUCUGGCGUGAUGAUGAUCGAUGCGGACGCCGUCAGCACUGGACUUAAAGUGAUCACCAACUUACACUCGUCAACUGGCGGACAUAUCAUCGCUAAGAUGAUCGAGAACGGCCAAGGAUUCGACAUCAACUUCGGCCUUCCUUUAGAGAAGCAAGAAAUAAUUGUGGCCUCCAACGAGCUGGUAUACUUUACUGCGGAGAAAGGUCAGAUGGAGAAGGUAACUCCGGUAAAGGUUGACACGCAGAACAAGGAGUACAAGGGCUGCUUCGACCAGUUGUCUGACAUCAUUGGACUUACUUUCUGCGGCGAAGUGUCGGUUCCAUUCACAGUAUCGGGACCAGAAGCGCAGGCGUCAAUCUCCAAAUUCCUAGCUCGCUACCCGCUGACCGGACCGGCGUCCGUGAAGCUUGUGUUAGAGAAGAACAACCUGCGCGGCUAUCACGUCAAGGGCGUGUUGCGUAGGGACGCCAGGGCAGGAAAAUACGGAGUCGAACUUCUUUUCGACGCACAAGGCUGUAAAUCUGGCCGUAUACAAUUCAACGGUGACGCGGUCUAUUCUAACGAUGAGAAAUCGUUGAGAUUGGCUUUGGAUUCGCCUACCAUAGUUCUCAACGGUGAAUUAGCCCUUUACACUAAAGCAAAUAGGGAAUAUUCAAUUCUGGCCAAAGCUAAGGCGGACGCGCUAGAGUAUUACGGCAGGGUAGGAUUCGAAGCGCACAGGGAAGGUUCCAACAGUGUGUACAAACCGGUCUUUGAGUAUUCCUUGCCCGAUAACAAAGGAAAACAAGUCGUUAAGGUAGACGGUCAGAUUACCCACGACACGAGAAGUAAUGAAGUCAAAUGGAAUCUAAGGAACAUCAACCUCGCUUUCGUCCAAUCAAACGACCCUCUCGACUUAAAUGGGCAAUAUAAGCCAGUUCCUAAUGGUUACGAUUUGGAUGUUAAGGGCAAGAUGGGUCAGCACACCGUACUCUUUGGCUCAUCUCUCAAGAACUCUGAAUUCAAAGUCGAAUUCCAAAAUACUCUAAACCCAUACAUCAACUUCAAAAUCAAUGCCCACAUCGAAAACAACAGAGAGGUAAUCCACAACGACAUCGACCUGUGGUACAGUGGUGAUCUUCGUAAUUCCGAAAAUAGAGUAACUCUAAACCAAUUCUACAAACGUUACCAAGACUCAAAGGAAUUCAGCAUCAUCACUAAGAACAAAUUUGAAAUUCACUGCCUUCCAUUGAAAGCAAAAGUAGAGGCCCAAAUAGACAGCAAGAAAGUUGAUAUCGAACUGGAAGGUCAGUAUUUGAACCGUAAAGCGGAAUUAGACUUAGAAGCUAGAACUCACGUCAAGAAACCUGGAGACUACAGCCUGAAACUGAAAGCUGAAGUGGACCGCCAAGGCGUGGAAGCCUUCGCUAAGAGGGACAUCGUAUCCGCCGAUAAAUCUAACUUUGAAAACUACAUCACUAUCAAGGGCGUAGGAAAAUACGAACUGUCUGGAGUAGUGCUACAUAGAAAUAAGGCUAAUGACAUGAAUGUUGGCGCUGUCGGACAUCUCAAGGUCUCUGGUGGUGGAAAGAACGAAGAUAUCAAGUUUGAUUUUGGAGUAAUUGAGAAUGCUAAUCUUUACUCGUCGCACGCGAAACUUUCUUCAAACAAAGGAGAAUUCCUGGACUUCCUCUUCAAGGUGACCCGUGGUGCUAAUGCCAAUGGACAGUUGAAGUUCAUCCUUAAAGACUCCAUCUCCGCUAAUGGACAGUUCAAAGUGACUGACAAUGAUGGCAAAGGCAAUGGAAUGAUCAUUGUUGAUUUCCAAAAGGCACAACGUAAAAUCAAGGCCGACAUCAAGUUCGUGGUGAAGGACCCCGUGUACAACGCCGACGUAGACGUCUUCCUCAACUUUGAGAAGGACAACAAUGACAAAAUUCACAUCAGUACCAACAACAAGAAGACUGAAAAAUCCAUCGAUUCAAAGAACAAAGUAGAGUACGCCGGCAAGAGGACAGAGGUCAACGUACACCAGAGUGGAGACUUGGACUCCGGCAAAGCCAACGCUAACGUGGAAGUGGUGUUGCCAACUGAGAGGUGUCUCAACUUGAAGUUCAACAGAGACGUGACUGACAAGGACAGUACUCUGAAUGGUAACGCUGAGCUAACCUUAACCGAUUCUGAGCGUCGUGGCGCCGCUGGCUCCAGCUUCACUUACACUGGCAAAGUCACCAACACCAACUUCGAUAAGGACACGUUGGACUACGAGGGUCAAAUUGUACUUCGCCUGAAGAACGGCAAGAAUCUCGUCAACGCAUUCACCUUGAAGAACAUUCCCACUGGAGAUGGAAAGUUCAAGGGUGAUUUCAAGAUUGACGUGACGGGCAACCUGAUACCGAAGCCAGCCUCGCUGUCCGGCAGCACCACCUAUAGUGAUAACAUACUGGAUGAGACUUACCGACUGAAGGGCAGCUACGGCGGUGACGUUGGCCUCGAAGUCGUAGGCAACUGGCUACUCAAGACCGACGGCGGUGUCAAGAAAUACGUCGAUGACAAUACUGUAAGCUUAAGACUUCCGUUCGAGAAGGCUCACGACAUUAAAUGGGUCUCGAAUGUACAAUUCAUACAACCAGAAGAAAAAGACUUUGCCGAGUUUACUGUGAUGGAAUCAAUACAAGUGAACAGCGAUGUUUACAAAAUCGACUCGACCGGUAAAGUGUCCCUCAGCAACGGCAAUGCGGAGAUCAAGGUACUGGUGCCUCACCACGACCCGCUGGUCAUCCACGGCAACUACCAGCUUUCCGCAAAGAAUGACGUGAAAGGCAUUGAGGCGGAGGUGCAAGCUCGCUACGGCAAGAUCAAACGAGACGUUAAGUUGGUGGUGAAGGCUCCCCCACGGGAACUGGACCUGCUGCUGGUGGCCACUGCUCCUGAAGCCGAGAAACUCAAGAAGCUGGAACUUAAAGUUAACAACAAGAACCCAGCACCCAACACCUACAGCAACGUGAUAACCAUCCAAGCUGACGACCGCGUCUACAAGACCGAAGGUAUCGUCGUCUACUCCAGAACACAGCCUCUCUUCGACUUGAAAUACACCAGUCCAUCUACAACUAAACCUAGCAGGUUGUACGUGAAAGGUGAGACCAUCAGUUCGACUCACGGUAAACUGGAGAUGAAGGUCGAGAACAUCAAGGAUGUCGACUUUGACGUGACCUGUGAGGGCAACGUGCAGAAGGAGAACGUGAACUUCAAGGGCCAGGCCAACUCUGCUGCUUUCGGACUUAAGAACUACAAAAUUGAGAUCAGCAGCAAAGACGACGGCAGCGGCAAGCGGCUUGAGUUCCACGCUGUUAAUGACAACAAGAAUCUACUAAGCGGAAGCACCUCAUUCAUCAGCAAGCAAGAGGGCUCGAAGACUAUAAUCGAGGGUUCCGGAUCCAUCAAGGUGAAGGAAGACCAAAAACCUGCAAACUUCAAGUACAUCCGCACUAUCCUCAGCGACGGCAGUGAGACAUUCUUGAACCUGGCGAUCGGCGAGCGCAGCUACGUAGCGGAGUCCCGAGUCACUGAGUUGGAGUACAAGACCUCAUACCUGUACUGCGAGGAGAAGAAACAGUGCGCCAACAUCGACUUACACUCUAAGAUCAACGUCAUCAAGCCAGGACACAUUGAGCACCUUGUGAACGUAGACUUCGAUCUACGCAAGCUAGGCUUCGCACCCGAGUUCGGUCUGCAGAUCUCCAACGAAUUUUCCGAACAAAUGUUGCCUAAGUACUUGCUCGAUCUGCAUGUCAACAAGAACGAUAAGAAAUACCACAUGCACGUCUACUGCAAGCCUGAAACUGGACUGAUCCCGGCCGGUAUAACCGUAACCAUCCCGACUCGAGUCCUGGCUCUGGAGUCCCAACUGCGCUACUCGCCGAGCGGCGUCCUGUUAUUCCCGGUGCACGGGGAGGUAGCUCUAUACCCCGACAAGAACAGACCACAGCAGAAAACCGCUGCCAGGGUCAGCAUCAGUGCCGAUACGUCAGACUUGCAUAGCUCCGCUGUCGCUGAUUUCGGAUUCAGUCACCCUAAACUUGGCGAGGAAUUGACACUCAAAGUAUACACGAAAUUGGACCGCCCGCAAGAAAACAGUCUCAAGAUCGAAACUUCUGCUGUGCUUUCACACAAUUGCUUUGGAGGCAAACGUGAGUCAAAGAUAUGCUUAGAAGUGAACCCAACUCACUUGAAAUUCACGUUCGACACGCCGCUGGUAUCAGUGAUCAACCUGGAGGGCUCUGCGAUCGUGAAGGACAAUCUACAGCAGGGAGACGUCAAGUUCAGUCUGCUGGAAGGCAAGCCGGUGCAGAUGCACGCUGUCGCCCGCGACUUCCAGUAUUACGAGUUCACCACCGGAUACAGCGACGAAACCGAACGCAAACUGUCGAUUAUCGGUCACCUGCAGCCGGAGAAGCGAGUGGACGUGUCGGUGGACAUCGUGUUGCCUGGACACAAGAAGAGCAUCGCUCACGGCGCCCUCUACCUGCAAGACAAUAUCGUCAAAAGUGACUACGGACUGUCCAAAGAGAACUUCAACUACUUCGUGAACGCUCUGAAGAACGAUCUGACGAAUCUACAAGGACGCGUGAAAGAACUAGGAGAGAAGAACAGCGAGGAGUUCAAACGCACGUUGGAUCGCAUUAAGCCUACAUUCAAGAGAUUAGAACAGUCCUACAAGGAGGACCUGGAGAAACUUGUUCACGAGAUCACUAAUGAUGAGACACUAAAGGAAAUUUCCGAAGCACUACACUACGUGGCCCACUUCUUGGCUAAGAUUAUCGACGACUUACUGAGAGUUACCAAACCGAUGGUUGACAAAAUAACAGACCUUGUCACCGAUCUGGCCGAGAAGACCAAGACUAUGUAUGUUAAACAGUUGGAGCCUCAGAUCAAGGAGCUGUACGCCAACAUAGCUGCGAUUAUAAACGAAUACUUUGACGGUCUCCUGGACACCGCCGCGCACUUUGCUGCACUCGUCAUUGACUUCUUCGAGCGUCACAAGCCUGAAAUAGAAGAGCUCACUAACACACUCACUGAGAUCUUCAAAGACUUGACCAAACUACUGGUUGCUCAACUGAAGGAAUGGCGCGUUAAGUUGUCCCAGAUAUGCGAGGAGCUCUCUCGCCAGGUCAGCGACUUGCCAAUCAUCGGAAUUCUGAAGGAGAAAUGGCAAGAAUUGGCUGUACCAGAACAAGCGAUUGGCAUCUUGAGACAAGCGCAAGAACAAAUCCGCCAAGUGUUACCAACGGAAGACGCCAAGAACUUCUCGGACGAGCUAUUCAAUUACAUUUGCAAGAAACUGCAACAGGAGAAGAUCGAUGAGGUGGCGUCACUACGCGUGCUGUACGAGAAACUGGCGCUUGCGGUGACCUCCAUGGUGCAGUUCGUGCGCACCGGCCUCGCUAACGCAGGCAUCUCGCUCCAGCCCACAUUCACACCGAUGUCUCUGCCAAGCUUCGCGCCGCUGUCGUUACCGUCUUGGGGCGGCGGUGCUUCCGCCAGCUUAUUCACCCAACUGCUGCGAGGAGAUCUGCCUGACCCCCUGGCCGUCGUCCGUGCUUACAGGCCUCGGUCACUCAACCCACUUGACGAGAUCCCGGCGAAAUUGCGCGCUGUGGUGGUCAACGGCCAGCACAUCUUUACGUUCGACGGACGCCACCUUACGUUCCCGGGCAGCUGCCGCUACCUGCUGGCUCACGACCACGUCGACCGCAACUUCUCCCUCGUACUGCAACUGCAGAACGGAGCGCCCAAGUCGAUCAUUCUAGAAGACAAGAACGGUGAUACUAUCGAAAUUAAGGACAACGGACAGGUUGCACUGAACGGAGCCAAUCAUGGAUUCCCGGUUAUGCAGAAAGAUUCCUUUGGAUUCCGUCAGCCAAAUGGUAACCUUGGACUGGGCACGGAGUACGGCCUGAUGGUCUACUGCUACGGAAAACUUGAGGUGUGCUACAUUGAGGUGAAUGGCUUCUACCUGGGCAAGCUGCGCGGUCUGCUCGGCGACGGCAACAACGAACCUUACGACGACUUCCGUAUGCCCAAUGGAAAGAUUUCAACAUCGGAGUCAGAGUUUGGUAACGCGUACCGUCUAGCGGGCAGCUGCGCCGCGGCCGCCGUGCCCGAGCACAGCCACCACCAGCUGCACCACAUGCAGCUGCCUGCCGCCUGUGAGAUGGUCUUCGGAGGUACCUCGCCACUCCGGCCAUUGUCACUGCUACUCGACAUCGCGCCCUUCAGACAAGCUUGUAUCCACGCCGUGUCCGGUGACUCCGAGGAGGCGGUGCGUCAGGCGUGCGCGCUGGGCCGAGGAUACGCCGCGCUGGCUCUGACCGGCCUGCUGCCCGCCGUGCUGCCGCCGCGAUGCGUCUCCUGUACCGAUGCCGACAAGGAACACAACGUCGGGGACACAUACGAACUGAAACUGCCGGCUAAACAGGCCGACAUUGUCGUCGCUGUUGAAACUACUGUGGGCAACGAAAAGAACUACAAGGAGUUACUGGUACCCCUGGUGUCGCAGUUGAUCGAUGCUCUGAAGAAGAGUCAAAUCGGUGAUAUCAAGGUUUACCUGGUCGGCAUCACCUCCAAGUUCCCCUACCCCAUCCUCUACGAUACUGACCUGAAACUGAAGAACGCUAAGGUGCAGUUCACGGACAAGAGUCGCUACGAGCAAUUCGAGACGAUCAAGACUGGCUACGAGAAGGUUGAUGAGUUUGAAGAAAAGGCCGUCAACCUGGUUGAUUACAUCAGGAAAUCACUCGGCAUCACGAAUGUAUUGAGCGGCUACAGGAGCCUGUUGGAUCUGCCACUGCGUCCCGGCGCCGUGAAACACAGCAUCAGUCUCGUCUCCGACCAUUGCCAGAAACAGGACUUACUGUUGUCGACAUUCUGGUCAGCGCUGUACAGCACCAUAUACAAGGAAAGUGCGCAUACACACUCCAUCAUCACAAACACGCCCGAACUGGCUGACGGCAAUGACAAACUCAAGAAUGCUGCCGGUUAUACCAAGCAUUCUGUGCUGAUUUGUGGCGACAAGAAACAUAAGGAGAACGAGGCUCUGCGCGCCACCAUCAAACGAACUGACAAUGAAUGUAUCAACUUUAUUGAAUCGACUGAUGGCUUCGUGUUCUCUGCGUCCAACUACGAGGCGAUGAACCCUGGUAUGCAGAAGCAGUUCCUGCAGACAGCGGCAGGAGCCAUCAGCAAGGAGAUGCUGCGCGAGGUCCUUGUGCAGGAGUGUACCUGCACUUACGUCGAUCCCUACCGCGUACGCUCUGUCUGCUUCACCAAGGAGAGGAAGGAAGCGGCUCGCAGAAGGAAGUAAACGUACCGAGCGCCAUCUGUGAUCAGAACCGAACAAUUCUUACCAAAUAUUCUUUAGUUAAGUAAAUGAGCUCUAACGAGACUCGACGGGGAAUCAUUUGAAAGCGUGAAAAGGACCGCUUGUAAUUUAUUAAAUUAACUUCAAGAAAUUAUUUAAAGUAGUGUUCAAUUUAAAUUAGUAAAGUAAAUAUAACUGAAAAUGUACGAAACAAUGUUUAUUUGAGUUUUAAAAUCUCGGAUUCCGUAACGGUCGAGAAAACUUUACCGAGUCUUGUUGGAGCUCGUAGACCCCAUAUUUAGUUGCCAUGUUUUUAUGAAUAGAGCCUAUUUAUAACCGUAAUAUGCAAAAUCAAAGAGGUAUUAAAGUAAUCGAUCUUUGUAUUAGAAUAAUAAACAUAUAUUAAUAUA